GCCGCCCUCCAUUGUCUCCACGGCGGCGAGGAGCGCCGGCGAGCGCAGCCUGGGACCGAUCGGGGCGGUGCGGCUGGCUGGCGGGGCCGGCGGCGGCUGGAGCCGGAGCGCGACGCCACGCGACCGCGGCUUCCAGAGCUCCGCCUGGCUUCCCCACCGCCGCGAGCCCUCCCGAGGCCUGGAGGAGUCCGGGCCGUCGGCCCCGGUCGUCGGGUCCUGAGACCGGGGACGCGCGCGGCGCCCCGAGCCUCCGCCGCUUCCUGCUGCGGGCGGGCGGGCGGGCGGGCGGCCUCCUCCGGCGCCUCCCUCCCUUCGCUGCGGCUCCUCAGGCUCUCUAGCCCGGGGGCGGCCUGUGGCGCUCCGGACCGCGCGUCUUCGGACCUUAAAGGAGAACAUGCAUUCGGCUUGGACUGUUUGAAAUUCUUAGUUUGGGGUCCCCGCUCGCUUGUUUUCUCCGCUCCGAGGAUUUUCUGAGGGUUUUCUUGCUUUUUUCAUUUCCUCCCCUCCGGGCUCUUUUGUAACCCCCACCCCCUUUAUGUUCGCCCAGCUCUCCACCAGCUUUUGAGUAGUGGGGGAGGGUUUCGGCCUCCACGUUCCCGCCCCACCGGGGCCCGGGCGAGCAUGGGGGGCAAGCAGAGCACGGCGGCCCGCUCUCGGGGCCCUUUCCCGGGGGUCUCUACCGAUGACAGCGCCGUGCCCCCGCCUGGAGGAGCGCCCCACUUUGGUCACUACCGGACGGGCGGCGGGGCUAUGGGGCUGCGCAGCCGCUCGGUCAGCUCGGUGGCGGGCAUGGGCAUGGACCCCAGCACGGCCGGAGGGGUGCCCUUUGGCCUCUACACCACCGCCUCCCGCGGGACCGGCGACUCAGAGAGGGCGCCGGGCGGCGGAGGGUCCACGUCGGACUCCACCUAUGCUCACGGCAAUGGUUACCAGGAGACAGGCGGCGGUCACCAUAGAGACGGGAUGCUGUACCUGGGCUCCCGAGCCUCGCUGGCGGAUGCUCUACCUCUGCACAUCGCACCCAGGUGGUUCAGCUCGCACAGUGGUUUCAAGUGCCCCAUUUGCUCCAAGUCUGUGGCUUCUGAUGAGAUGGAAAUGCACUUUAUAAUGUGUCUGAGCAAACCUCGCCUCUCCUACAAUGAUGAUGUGCUGACUAAAGAUGCGGGUGAGUGUGUGAUCUGCCUGGAGGAGCUGCUUCAGGGGGACACGAUAGCCAGGCUGCCUUGCCUGUGCAUCUAUCACAAAAGCUGCAUAGACUCCUGGUUUGAAGUGAACAGAUCUUGUCCAGAGCACCCUGCUGACUGACCCUGCUGGGCUGGCUUGCUGACUCCUCUCAAAGGUUUAUUUUAUUUAUUCCAAGUAAAUGCCCAGACCAGCUGACGGUGUCAGGCAAAUCAGGGACAUUUGCUCUUUUUACCUUCACCUCAAAACCUGAUGACAAGGGGAGAAGACAAAGCCAGGCUGAGUGAGGCAGGGGAUUGGACCCUGGCUUCAGAGUGCAGGUCCAAGUUGCCGGCUUGAUGUUUGGCUUCCGGGGGCCUUCCUGGGCUGAACCAGAUGCCCCUGCCGACCAACCUGCCCUCGGGGACACACUGCUGCCACCGUGACAUGCAGCAGCAGCUCUCGACCAGAUGGAGCUGACUUCUUCCGACCC